ACUUAAACUUCUGUCUCUGCAAUCUGUUUUAUAUCCCUCUUGUGCUCAGCCUUUGCAUGGACCAACGAAACGACAUCGUGGUGCUCCAAAUAUUUCUUCGACUCUUGUAGUUAUGAAACCAGAUGAGAGCUUUGUGAAUCCUGACGAGAGCUUUGUGAAUCCUGACAGUUUUAUCCAAAGCACUGGGAAGAGGCCUCCCACAAAAGGUGAAAGAAAUUCAGCAAGUACAAAAUGGCCAACAGCAAAGGAAAUUUUUGACCCACAGGGGCCUUUCCUUCCAUUAUGGAACAAGAUAUUUGUAAUUGCAUGCGUGAUUGCAGUCUCAUUGGAUCCUUUGUUCUUUUACAUCCCAAACAUCAAUGAGAAAUACAAGUGCCUUGGUAAGGACAAGAAGUUGAGGACUGCAGCUCUUCUUCUGCGAUCGCUCAUGGACCUCACUUUCGUAAUCCAUAUGGUACAUCAGAUUCGUGUCACGGCAAAAAUCGUGGCCUCAGAGCAGGUAUCAAGAAGAGGAAAGUCAGCUUGGUUAUGCAGAAGAAGAGAGUUGGUUAAGGCAAUGCCCUGGUUUUCCAUCCUAAUUGACUUUCUUGCUGCUCUUCCAAUCCCACAAUUAGCAAUAGGAGUUGUCUUUUUCAGAAGGAAAAGCUCUGAGUAUUUUCGCAAAAGGAGGAUUAUGACCUUCCUUCUUCUCUUCCAAUAUUUGCCAAGGGUUUAUCGAAUAUACCUAACGUAUGAGGAACUUACGAAGAUCAAAAGAUGGGUUAGAGGUGCAUUCAAUUUUUUUUUAUACAUCCUCGCUAGUCAUGUACUUGGAGGUUUUUGGUACUUCUUUUCGAUCCAACGAGAGACAUCAUGUUGGCAUCAUGCUUGUAAAAGAAGUACUGAAAUUUUUUGUGUAGCUAAUUAUCACUUUCAUUGCGAUGAUGAUAGUCUGGGAGACGACAUUACCACUUCAAGUAAAGUCAAAUUCCUAAAUAAAUUUUGUCCAUUAGAUCCACCAGAUCCCUCAAUAUUUGAUUUUGGAAUAUUUGUUGAUGCCCUUAAGUCGGGGUCAACACCUUUUAUGCAAAAGUUCUUUCACUCUUAUUGGUGGGGCCUGCGAAAUCUCAGUAACUUUGGGACGAAUUUAGAAACAAGUAGUUACGUGUGGGAAAACUGCUUUGCAAUUCUAAUUUCUGUUAUUGGCUUGCUACUCUUUUUGUAUCUCAUCGGAAAUGUACAGACAUAUAUACAGUUGGCAACUACAAAAUCAGAGAACAUAUGCCAGAAGAUGGCGAUGAAAGACCUAGAGAUCCAAUUGUGGAUGUCUAGAAAUGGUCUUCCAGAGGAUAUGAAGACAGUGAUUAUGAAAAAUGUCAAACAAAGACUGGAACAAGACAAAGAUGCUGAUGUAGAGAAUAUGUUCUCUAUUCUCUCACAGAAUAACAGGAAAUCUAUAAAGCGU